UCCUCCUCUAUUGGUUCAUUAGCAUCGGAAGGCCCGUGUGUCACAGUGGACUGAACAAAAGAGAGCGAGAGAGACAGAGAGGGGGAGAGAGGAGAGAGAGGGGAGAGAGGGGGGCAGCGCGCAGGCUGAACGGUUCCGUGCAGAAGUUACCGGAUCGCGGAUCUGAUCGUGAUGAGCUGGACGCUGUUGUGAUUCUUCUCUCUCGGUUCUGGUUUGACUUCAUCUCGGUCUCCGGCGGAUGAGGAAGCCGCUCUGCGGGGGAGGACGACGAGCGCUCCGAGCAUCAUGGUGGCCGGGGAGCUGCUGCAGGAGCAUGUGCGCGCGGACGCAGGCGCACCGGGCGACGCCGCCACCAUCUCCAGGAAGAGUCCGGAGGUCCAGGGCGGCGCCGCGGCCGAGCGACACGCGGGUCCGACAAACGGAGCGCUGAGGGCGGGCGGGGCAGACGCCGACACCGCUCAGGAGGAGGAGGAGGAGGAGAGGGAGUCAGAGGAGAAGGAGAAGGAGGCGCCGCCGCCGGAUGAGAGAGACGCGAUGCUGCCCAACGGAGGCGCAGGAGAGGCGGCAGCGAAGAGCCGGGAGACGCGGCUGUUCGCGCGCAGGUUCGCGGUGCUCGCCGUGUUCAGCCUGUCCUCGCUGGUGAACGCCUUCCAGUGGAUCCAGUACAGCAUCAUCACCAACGUCUUCACCCGCUUCUACGGGGUGUCCAACGACAAGGUGGACUGGCUCUCCAUCGUCUACAUGGUCGCCUACGUGCCGCUCAUCCUCCCGGCCACCUGGCUGCUGGACCGGAAGGGUCUGCGGCUCACGGCCCUGCUCGGCUCGAGCCUCAACUGCGCCGGCGCCUGGCUCAAGUGCGUCAGCGUCAGCCCGGAGCUGUUCGGAGUCACCGUCACCGCGCAGGUCAUCUGCUCCGUGGCCCAGGUGUUCAUCCUCGGCCUCCCGUCCCGCAUCGCCUCGGUGUGGUUCGGUCCGCGUGAGGUGUCCACCGCGUGCGCCACGGCAGUGCUCGGGAACCAGCUGGGAACAGCCAUCGGCUUCCUGUUGCCUCCAGUGUUAGUUCCCAACACACCUGACGAUGUUGAGCUGACGGGUCACAACAUCAGCAUCAUGUUCUACGGUACCGCCGCUGUCUCCACGGGCCUCUUCAUACUCACAGUAAUAGUGAUAAAGGACCGACCCCCCCUCCCGCCCAGCCCGGCCCAGGCUGUUCUACCGGACUCUCCUCCCGAGGACUACUCCUACAAACAGUCCAUCCUCAACCUGAUAAAGAAUAAAGCCUUCGUCCUGCUGCUCAUCAGCUACGGUAUAAUGACUGGUUGCUUCUACUCCGUCUCAACUCUUCUCAACCAGAUGAUCAUGACCUACUACGAGAACCAGGAGUUGAACGCUGGGAGGAUUGGUUUGACUCUGGUCGUUGCGGGGAUGGUCGGAUCCAUCCUCUGUGGCCUGUGGCUGGACCACACAAAGACGUACAAGAUGACGACUCUGAUCGUGUACAUCCUGUCCUUUCUGGGCAUGGUGGUCUUCACCUUCACUCUGGACCUCAACAGCAUCUACCUGGUCUUCUUCACAGCUGGAGUCCUGGGCUUCUUCAUGACGGGUUACCUUCCUCUGGGCUUCGAGUUCGGAGUGGAGAUCACGUACCCGGAGCCUGAGGGGACAUCGUCAGGACUCCUCAACGCUUUCGCUCAGAUAUUUGGGAUCAUUUUCACUUUGAUUCAGGGAAAACUGACCACAGAUUACAAUCCACUGGCUGGAAACCUCUUCCUCUGCUCUUGGAUCCUUCUUGGAAUACUGCUAACCGCCUUGAUCAAGUCAGAACUGAAAAGACACAAUGUCAACAUGGGUGCAGACUGCAAACACCUACAAGCAGUCCCUGAGGAGUCUCCCGAGGAGCGAACUAUACUCGACAACAAAACCAACGGAGUCAGUCUGGCGUCCUCCCUCAGCUUCUCCCAUGAAACCUCAGUGUGACGCUGCCAAGCCCCUGAAUCGCUGGACGGACACGGAGGUGUCCCCGCCGCCCUGGGAUACGUGUCGGCUCCCACACACCUGAAGGUGAACUUAUUAAUUGCUGAGCAUAAUUUCCUUGAUAUUUGGAAAAGUGAAAGAUGUGAGUCAAGCACAAGCACAGACACAAACUAACCUGGAUCCAGGCCGAGCGGGGGGGGGGGGGGGGGGGGGGGGGGGCUGACUAACCAGAGGGAGUUAGUGAAACCCUCCGCCCAAACAUUGCCCCUCUGUGGAGGGAUCCACGACCCUCAUGCCCCCCCGUCCCCGGCGGAGUGAGAGAAGCGUUAGCUCUGUGGAUCUCGAGUAUGCAAGCAACAGCAUGCAGAAGAAGCUCCUCGCACUUUAUCUGUGUUGUACUUUGUGAAUGUGGCGCUUUGCAAAUCUGUCUGCAGGUCACUGGGAGGAGGAAACAGUGAGCAGCUUUAGUUUUGUCCCGCGGCCUCUGCCAACAUUUCCUGAUUUUACUUGAAUCAUCUACUGAUGCUCUGGACUGCGGUUGUGAGACGCACUGUCGAUGUCGUGACAUCAUCGUUUCUUUCCCCUCGUGUGACGGUGGUUGUGUCGGGGAUCCCACGUGAACUUUGAUCACGUCUGCUUUGUUUUGAAGCUGCUUCAGGCGGACAGUCGAUCUUCUAAUGUCCGCUGAAGGUUGAACUAAGUUUGGAUUCAGAUUUCAGGAGCGAGUGUCCCUGAGCUUUUUUUCUCUUCAUCUACUCGUCAUCACACCGUGAACGAGGGAAUGGAGGGAAGAUGGAGGAGGUUAGAAACCUGAGCCCUAAAACACAAAAUUUAAAGUCUCCUUAAAAUGAUUCAUAAACUAGGAAGUCACUCAGGACAUUCUCUCGAGUUUUUGCUCGAGGGCCGACAUGAAAAAGUCCACAGCCACUGACUCGGACAUCUGCGUCCUCACAUUCUGCCCCUCGGUGGAAAAUCGUUCUCAUUGGUUUUUGUGCAAUCCUGCCGACAAACACGGAAACCAACCAAUAAACCGGCAAACGGACAUUUGCUAAACUCUGCCUCCUUGGCUGAGGUCGUUAAUUAACCCUCUAAAGUCCUUCAUAAUUUAUUUGUUGACAGAUUUUCAUCAACACAAAGUCGUCACAGCGAAGAGCUCAGUGACACCGCGAAGGAGAACGACCGACAUGAUGUGACGAAUGUGACAUAAGAAGACGAUUGUACUGGGUUGUGAUAUUUUCGAUGAACAUGCUGCAGCGCUUGUCGCUCCACGCGCCGCGGUGGACCACACACAAUGUGAACGCGUCCCGAGUUCAGCCCACAACGAGAAAAUAAACGCACAACUUCCAGUUUUAACUCCUUUUAAUGCACAAUCUCAAACGUCGACUCCUGUUCCUGGAGGCUGAGAAUCUGCAGGUGACAGAAGUGGAGGUAGAAGAACGGCGCCAUCGUGUGGGUUAGUCGCGACACAGCAGCAGAAACAGACAGGGGAAGCACAAACGUGUGACAAGAGGAAAACCAUCUUUUAUAUUUACACAACCUUCACUUUCCAUUUGUAAAACAAAGUGGUAUAUAUUACUUUUGCUUGUACAGUUUGAGAACAUCAAACUAACCUAUGGUAGAAUAUAAUUAACUGUACUGAAAUGUUCUGUUUGAUACUUUGACUAGUUUUUGAUUCUUUCUAAUACUUUAGUUCUUUUAUUUCAGUUUAAACUUUGAAUGCAGGACAGAGAAUAGUUUCGCUAUUUUGACUUCAAGUGUCAGGAAAUGACGUGAGACACUCUCACGGUGAUUCUGGUUCAGGAGCAUGAGGUUAUUGAUUGUCAAGAUUAAAACACGUCACCAUAUCUUUAACAUGAAGAGAUCUGAUAACGUCUCUGGUCUCUCACAUGUCUGAGAAUAGCAGAAAGGUUUUUCACUCAGAACAAACUCUGCAUGUAAAUAUUUCUUCUGUUCCGUUUCAACACAGUUUGUGUUAAUGAUUUUUUUCUGCUCUGUAGAUUCUGGUGGACGAGGAUCUGACAUUUCUUUGUCUAUGUCAUUUUUUUUAUAACACGUGUUUGUAAAAUGUUCUUUUUAUUUUUUGGUCAAGUUUAGCUAUUUAUGAACCUGUGAAUAAACCGUAGCAAGAAGC